AUAGCGCUCAGGCUUGCCGCUGCAGCAAGCGGCACCGUCCGAGAAAUCCAGGACAUAUUGGCGGAUAUUUCCUCUGUGGUUGUCAUGCAGGGUAAGAGGAAUGGGAUGAUACCCAUCAGCAGAGACAGGGUCAUCUGGGAAUUCCCGAAGUGCUACACGCCUAAUGCCGCUGUGCAGUGGAAGACGGACUGGGACCUUCAGGCUAAAGCGGCCUGUAAAGAUGGAGCCGCGAGGCAUCAGCUGUGGGACCGGCAGAGAAUGUCAAAAGUAGUGGUUGUUGGAGACCUUAAUGUGGGGAAGACCUGUCUCAUUAACAGAUUUUGUAAAGAUGUUUUUGAAAGAGACUACAAGGCCACCAUAGGCGUCGACUUUGAAAUUGAGAGGUUUGAGGUAUCUGGAGUACCUUUCUCCCUUCAGAUCUGGGAUACUGCUGGACAGGAAAAGUUCAAGUGCAUCGCUUCUGCAUACUACAGAGGUGCUCAGGUCAUUAUCACAGUCUUUGAUAUGGCAGACAUUAAGUCUCUGGAUCAUACACGCCAAUGGUUGGAGGAGGCCAUGAGAGAAAACGAGCCUGAUUCCUGUUUCAUCUUCUUGGUUGGAACUAAGAAUGACCUGCUGCCUUUAGAUGAAAGACAGAGGACAGAAAAGGAUGCCAUCAGAAUAGCAACAGAAAUGCAUGCAGAGUUUUGGUCUGUUUCAGCGAAAACAGGGGAGAACGUGCAGGGCUUUUUCUUCAGGGUGGCAGCUUUGGCCUUUGAGAAGUGUGUACUGAAGGACACGGACAAUGGGCUCCCUGCUAGCAUCGGACAUGGAGGUAGUAUCAAAUCAGAUUGCGCAAACCUUGAGAAAGCCUCGCCCCAACACACGAGGAGAGGCUGCUGCUGACGAAAUGAGGAACUCUGCCAGUGAGCUGUUGAGGAGACACAGACUCUGUUUGAGCUUCAGCUGCAGAAAUACCAUGUUCCAAAGUGCCUUCGGACAUGUUCCACCAGGUUUCUCACCAUCAAAGUCAACUGCCAUGCAUUCUAUUGCAAAGGGUUCAACCAGUAUACGCUCCUGAACAUUUUAGGAUUGACGCUGAUAAAAAAUAGCUUUUUUCAUGGAAUAGCUAUCAAUAUCUAAUUCAGAUUCUAGACCAUGGAAAACCCUCAUUAAAAUCUGGUGGACAGUAGUCAUGGACCAGACUCAUUUGGGACAGGCCAAUAUGGACCCUGGUGAAACGCUUGUGGAAGCUUUUGAUUUUCUUUGCUGCUGUCAUAGUGUUUGUCUUUUUCAUACAGUAUUGUUGUGGAAUAUGUCUCACAUAUAAUAAUAUGUUUAUAGGCUGGAUUCUGUGAGCAAGGAAUCCAAAUCUUGAUGUUUACAUUCAAGUAAUAAAAGUGUAAAUGAGUCUACUCUUAACUCUACAUAUAUAAUGGUCACGACAUUAUAAUGUAAUUUCUUAAAUUAAUAUCUUGAUUCAUUGGAGCAAUAGCCAACUAAAGGAGCUGUGCAUUUAUGAAACCAGUAUUGUUGUAAAAGCCUAAUAAAGUGCUUCAUCAGCUGUC